GGAGGGUUUUACUGAGUGGGAGAGAAAGUGAAAACGAAGAGAGGAGAGAUUUACGAACGAACAAAUAAUGAUGGCGUCUCGAUCGAUGGUCUCUCAGCAAACCAUGGGUGAUGUUGUUGUUGUGGAAGAUAACGAAAAUGUUGGGAAAGGAAGAAACCGCCAAGUUCUUCGUGAUAUAGGUAAUGUUGUUCGAGGAAAUUACCCAAAGAACGAGCCGGCAAAGAUCAAUCGUCCUCGUACACGGUCUCAACAUGUUCCACUUGUGGAGCUUGAUAAACCCGUGGUGGUACGGAAGCCAAAGAAAAGAGCUGAGAAAUCGAAGGAUGUAGAGAUAAUAGAGAUAAGCUCAGACAGUGAUGAAGAACAUGGUUUAGUUGCUGUCCAGGAGAAGAAAGCCGCUAAGAAGAAAGCAACCUCUUACACAUCUGUUCUCACCGCUAGAAGCAAGGCUGCUUGUGGUUUCGAGAAGAAUCCGAUAGAAAAGAUUGCUGAUAUCGAUUCUGCUGAUGCUAAUAAUGACCUUGCAGCUGUUGAAUAUGUUGAAGAUAUAUACAGUUUCUACAAAUCUGUUGAGAGUGAAUGGCGUCCAACCGAUUACAUGCAAUCGCAGCCUGAGAUUAAUGAAAAGAUGAGAUUGAUUCUGGUUGAAUGGUUGAUAGAUGUACAUGUCAGAUUCGAGCUAAACCCAGAAACAUUUUACCUCACCAUAAACAUUUUGGACCGGUUCUUGUCGGUUAAGCCAGUACCUAGGAAAGAAUUGCAGCUGGUUGGUCUCAGUGCUCUUCUCAUGUCAUCCAAAUACGAAGAAAUCUGGCCACCUCAGGUAGAGGAUCUAGUUGACAUUGCAGAUCAUGCAUACAGUCACAAACAGAUUCUGGUGAUGGAGAAGACAAUACUGUCUACACUCGAGUGGUACUUGACAGUUCCGACCCAUUAUGUCUUCCUCGCUCGUUUCAUCAAAGCUUCCAUUGCAGACCAACGAAUGGAGAAUAUGGUGCACUAUUUGGUCGAGUUAGGGGUGAUGCAUUACGACACGACGAUAAUGUUCAGCCCAUCUAUGGUUGCUGCCUCUGCAAUCUACGCAGCAAGAUCUGCUCUUCACCAAGUUCCCAUUUGGACUAACACUCUCAAGCAUCACACCGGUUAUUCUGAAACUCAGCUCAUGGACUGUGCAAAGCUAUUGGCGUAUCAGCAGUGGGAGCAGCAGCAAAAAAGGAGUGAGAGUAAGGGAGGAUUACAAAAGAAGUACUCGAAGGAUGAACGAUUCGCUGUGGCUAAGAUACCUCCGUCCAAAUCUUUGUUGACCGGAACUGAAUCUACUUAGGUGUUAUGGGACCCAUGAAGAAGAAGGAGAAAGAGUCUAAUAGCUUCAUUAGAUUUAAGAUUUUGUACAAAUCUAAUGAGUCACUUUGAAAACACAUAUGUUUUUAUCUCUAUCAAAACCCAUGGCGAAGAUGGAGAAAGAGUCUAGUAGUUUCAUUAGAUUUAAAAUUUUGUACAAGUCUAA